GGGUGGCCGGGCUGCGGGGCUCGUACCGAGGCCAUAGAGACAGGGGGUGCGGAAGGAGCGGAGAGGGAACGCGGCAGGUUAAAACGACAAUCAGUAUUAUGGAGGAGGCCUUCGAAUUGUUCCAGGAACAAGCUGUCACUAAACCUUCUCCAUGUGAAGCUGAACUUCAGGAAUUAGUGCAUCAAAUUGACAUCAUGGUAAACAGAAUGCAACUGGAAUGGGAAAGAAAGAUGAGAGCUUUAGAAGCAAAGAUGGAUAUCCAGGAUCAAGAAUUAGCAAGUGCCCAAAGCAAACUGGAUCAAAAAGGUCAAGAGGUGGGACUACUUCAACAAAAAUUGGAAGACUUACAGAAAACUAAAUAUGAAAUGGCUCAGAGCUACGAAACUCAGCUUCAAGCACUGAAAUCUCAAUUUUCAAAGUUGACACAUAGUUAUGAAAAGCUACAGUCACAUCAGCUAAAACACAAAAAGGUCAACAGUAGAGAAAAAUGUGAGGAAAGCCUAGUGACAUCAUCUGACCCAAGAAAUUUGUACAAGAAACUGGAGGAAUUUAAAUUGAGAGAAGGGGAUAAGAAUGGGACAAUCUGCCAAAAUUUUCCUGUUUAUUUGGAUGCUCAACAAAAAUUAUUGUCUGAGAAAUAUAAUUUAUUUCAGUUGCUCUUUUGUGAGGUCUCUGAUUGCCAGUUGGAGUCUUGCACUAUAUUUUUCUCAGGAUGUAUUGACAAUUUGAAGCAGACCCAGAAUUAUCAAUUCCAAAUACAAAAUAAGAAAAAAACCCAAGAAGAGGUAAUUACCUAUGCCCAGCCUGAAAGUGAAAAGGAUGAUUUGAUUAUUGAAAAACUAAAGGCAACUGUGAAUGAAAUAGCAAGGAACAAGAAUAAACUUGAAGAGGAAAAUCUGAAGCUCCGUGAAGAUCUGAAAGUGUACCAAAACCAGUGCCAGAAUAUGGAGGCAGACGUUUCAGAAAUGAGACAUGAGCUGGAGUCACGGGACAGUCUCUGGAGAAGGAUGCAGCUGGAAUGCCAGCAGUUGCAUACAGAAUUAUUGAAAAUCAAAGAGUACAAAGAUACGCAGGAAAUUCAAAUGAAGCAUCAAUCAUCUCCUGUUCAACUUACUGAGCAACUAGAAAAUAAAAACACUGAGUUAUUACUAUUUGCAGAAAGUCAAGAACGCCAACAAGAAGAGCUAAACAAGAUAAGAAACCACAUUUAUCGAGAGGAGCAGUCCCAUUGCUCUGAGGGGGAAAGAAUGAAGACAGAAAUCUCUGACCUGACAGAGGAGCUUCAUCAGAAGGAGAUCACUAUAGCAACUAUCAUGGAGAAAGCUACUCUUCUGGAAAGACAGUUAAAAAUGGAGUUAGAGACAAAAGAUAAAUUGUUAGCAAAACAACAGUUAUUGGAAUUCCAAUACCAAGUUAUCAAAUCUGAAAACACACAUCUAAAAGGGAUGGUGGAAAACCAGGAGCAUGAAAGUUGCAUGAAUAUAGAUUUAUGUAACAAAGAACAUGGAAAUUUCACAGCUUCUGUUCACAAAACGAAACAUGAGAAUUUAAGACUAGAAAAUAGUUUUGCUAAACUACAAAAUGACAGAGAAAUAUCAAUACUGGGUUGCACAGAUACAUAUGGAGAAACAGAGCACAACUACCAAAUCCGUUCAAAGAUGCAAGAAGAGGAAGAGAGAUCAUUCCAAAAUAAAGAUGCAGGAGAAAUGGAAUGUCAACAGACUGAUAUGCUUCCUGCCAGUGGACACCACAGAGACCGUAGUCCUGCUUUAUAUGGCCAAGGCAAUAUCACUGGGUCAAAAAGUGACAGCAUUUUAUCUUCUCAUCCACUUCACAGAGGUCAUGAAAAGAAAAUAGUUUAUAAAUCUCCAUCACCACUAGUGGGGUAUCCUUUGGGCUCUGGUGGGCCAUAUUCUAAAAUGGGCAGAACAGGCAGUUUACUGAGCCCUGCUUACAGUGGAGAAGAAAUGAAAUUAUCAGAAGAAAUCAAAUUAUCAUCUCCCCAUGAGAUGUCCUUCCUUGCAACAACAGAAAAGUUCCUUCAAGAGGAAGAUAAACAUGCAAGAGAGUUUGAAGAACGUUUAAAUUUGCACCUUGAAGAGCUGCAAAGAUAUUCUGAAAAUAUUCUAAAAAAACAUGCCAGGGUACAGCAAAGCAGACAUACUUAAGCCAGUCACAUAAUUAAGAAAAGAAAACCAAGUAAUGACCCAUGAGUUUCUUAAAAUUAAAAUCUGCAACUAGUUGCUUAAUGUAUUUAGGCACAUUGCCAAUAGCAUUUAUUUUUAGUACCAAGUUUUCAAUAAGAUCAUUAUUAUCCUAUGGAUUUAAAUAUAGCGUAACUUGACUAUAUUACAAAAUAAACUCUGAUCAUAUUCUAAAAUAUACAGGCUGGUUUUGCACAGUUAAAUUGUGUGCAGCAGAGACCCUGUUGCAGCUCUGUAAAAUAAGUAAGAUAUUAAAAUUCUGUAGUGUACA